CCGGGAGCUGGCUUUAACAUUUGGCGUAGCUUUUGCUUUGCCUUUCUGUCAGCUCCAGCAGUGAAAGGUAGGGUUUGUUCCUGGCGUCAAAGGCAGGAACAGCUGAGCCCCAAUCCUUGAAGGUGAGAGCCUUGGAGGUCGUUCUCUUUUCCCGCGUCUGGGGAGCCCCUGAGGCUAUGCCCAUUGACCCUAGAGAUAUGAGUGCAGCUUCUGCUUCUCCAGAUAUGGAAAACAUGAAUAAAAGAGACCGACCAUUCAUGACAAUUCAGAAAAGCAAUAGCUCAGAGAAUCUGGUAUGCCGUAUGAAAAAUGGAAUGAGAAGCAUCAAGUAUAAACCAGUAGACUAUCAACAAUUGCAUGCAUUAACUGAAGCAAAAAAAUUAGCUUCUGCCUCUAUAGAACUAAAGAUCAGAAAAGCAGUACAGACCUCCAAGAUAUCUAAGGAACAAACACAAAAACAACACAAGCAGGUGUGGUGGCAGGAACAUCAAAGGCUAAAUGAAAUCAGAUGUAAAAUGGAAUCUGAGAUAAAAUCCUUUCUCAGUGAAAAGAACAUUGGAAAUGAAUGUCUUUCGGACCUUACAAAUUUUGAACAAGAGUUAUCAGAACAAUAUUUCACAUAUCUUAAAAAUGUGAUAAAUCCUAUUCAGCAAUUGAGAGCAGACCUAAAAUACAGACAGCAUCACAUUUCACAGCAUUCACAUUCACAUACGGAGUUUAACUCAACGGAAGUACUGGAAGAGGUUGACUUUGUGAAAAAACAAUUGAAAGCUGUGUUUGAAAGACUUAGCCUGGAGCAACAGAAAUUAGAAAGUAGUCUUUCAGACUGGAGUAUGAAAAUACUAGAUCAUUCUUCAAAAGAAAGGAAUAACAUGCUUAGUAAACUGCCUACGGAAUUAGAAACUUUGGAAUGCCCAUAUUCUGAUUUGAAAUCUUCAAUUUUUAAUGAGUUCUAUAACUUAACAGAGAAAUAUCAAAAGAAACUUCAAGAGUUUGAUCUGCAGUUAGAAGACAUAUACAGAAACUUCCAAUUGAGUGAUAAAGACCACUGGAUUUACCAGGCUGUUUUGGAUCAGUAUCCUAGAGAUCUCUGCGGCAGAAGGACUCUGUAUCUGGACAUGUUACAAAGAUGUUUUCCUCACAAAUCUAGGCAUGAUUUGGUCGAACAUGAGAAGUAUUGUGAGCAAUAUCGCUUCACUAAGGAGCAGCAAAGGAUCCUGAUAUCAAAUUGGAAUAAGAAUAGGAGAGAUUUUAUACAGAAGGCUGUGCUGACAUUCGCCGAAGCCUGUGCAGCUCAUGAAAUGGAGAGCACAUUGGCUAAGGACAGGAAAAAGCAACAGGAAUUGUGUGCUGAUCUGAAAGCCAAGGUUCUUCAGUGGCGAGCCCACCAGGAAGAAGUAGCAAGACUGGAAAUGGAAAUUUCUGCCAUCAGAAGAGAAAAGGAAGAGGAGAAAGAGAAACUGUGGAAGAAGAAGGAAUUGUUACAAAGAGAAGAGAAGAAAAAAAAAAUAAGAAAGCACUGGGCCAAAAAAGAACAGAAGUGGCAAGAAAUGGAAAUGAGGGAUCUUCGGCGUUUAGAAGAACUGAAAAAAUUAAUGGCUGAACAGUCAGUGAAAGACAGAGAAAGGGUUAAAUAUAGACAAGAAUUAUUGGAAAAGCGUUUGAUGGAGAAAAGAGAAGUGGCUCUUCAAGAAGCACAUGAAGAAGAAGAGAGAGAGAGGCGGCUAGAAGCCCUUAGGAAACAGGUUGCUAUUGUUGCUCAAUUUGAUCCUGUUAGAAUGAUGUCAGAUACAAUGGCAUCGAAGGCAAGGAUUGGUAUUGGAAUUGAAGAAGAAUUUAUUCUUCAAAAGCCACUCUUCACAUUGAAUACAUACAAUGAACAGCAGAUAAUUUCUGACCCUAGACUUCGUUUUGAGUUAGCACUUCGAGAAGCUGGACUUCAUAAAACCUUUUAUGCCAAAGAGAUACUACCAAAAAUUAGUCCUCCAAAACCUCCAAGAAAGGAUAUGGAGUCUACUGUAUUUAAAACCUAGAGUUCAUCUUCAAAUCCUAUUAGACAUAAAUAAUAUCUUUUCUGAAUACAUUUAUAUGUAUAAUAAUUUCUAGUUUUUAAAUUUUUAAAAAAUACCAGACAUAGAAAUCAUGGCAUCUUUAAAACAACUUUGCUUUUGUUUCAUGAUUCUUAGAAUUUUAUGUAUUUCGAAUAUCUUUGUUAUGUUUAAUAAUACUAAAUUCUCCAAGACUAUGAAAAUUAAUUAUGACACAUAUGGUACAUAUAUUAUUAUUUAGUAAAUUGUGUUUUGGAUGUUACAUUACCCCAUGAAAAGAGCUCAAAACACCAUUUGUGAGAAUUAUAAUUUAUGUUGCUGUCACCAGCCAGCAUUCAUUUCUGCCUGUUAUUUCAGAAUUUGACUUUUUAAUUAUACAAUCUUCAUUAUCAUUAAUAUUUCAAUUAUUUCUUAAUUAUUAUAAGAGGAGACUCAACCUUUUUCUAAAUUUAGAAACCAAUUUGGUACACCAUGUUUACUGCAAACCAAUCAUCCAAACAAUUUCAUUUUGCAAAUUAGCCCAUAAGAAUAAAUUAGAAAUUAGAAAUAGCAUUUUAAGCAUGGGAAUAUGUUUUGGCUUGGAAAACAAUGUGUAUGUUUGUUUAGAAAGAAUAUUUUAAAAUUUAUAAUUAGAGUGCUAUCAAAAUGUCUACAUUACCUAUCAAAUAUCUAGAUUUUAUAGGAAGGGGAUGUUUCUAAUAAAACUCAAGCAUAGUUUUUCUUUCUUUCUAAUGAACCACACAAAGCCACGUAGCUGGUGACGCACAGGAGGACGUCGUGAUAUCAUUUUGAGAACCACAGAGAGUUGUACUUAUGGUUCUGAUGGAAACAUUUAGUUGGGAUUGGCCAGCAGUGCAGCUGUUACCUGUGCCCUUAUUCAUUUUCUUUCUUUUUAAAAAUGGUAUUAAUAAUAGAUAUCAUUCACUGAGCACAGACUGUGUGCUCAGCACCAAGUAUACGUACUUUACAUAUAUUGUCUUAUUUGACCAUCAUAACAACCUUAUGAGAUUUUCAUUUCACAUAAUAGGAACUAAGUUGAAAAAGAUAAAUAUAAUUUGGCCUAAAUCAGUUGUUUUUCAAACUGUGAGUCAUUAAAUCAAUCUAGUGAGUCCUGAUCAGCAUUUUUAAUGAAACAAACUAAAAUAAAUCUGAAAUACAAAUGGCUGAUGAACAUAUAAAAAGAUGGACAUACCAGUUAAAACCCCCAAUGAAAGAAAUUGGACACCACUGCCUUUAAUCCAAUGAUUAAUAAAUGGUACAGCCUGAUUCAAUUCCACAUCUUUGCUGAUGAUGGUCUUGUCUCAAACUGAAUGGAAACAAUAUAAUCAAUCUACCUGGUAGGAAGUCCCUGAGGUUCCCACCAACAUAUCCUCCAACACACCCAAACACUUGCUCUGGCAGUGUCUAGCAGUUGGAGCAACUCUUUCUAUCAAACACCAACCUUUGAUGUCUGUUUUGUGUUUCAUCCCCUUCGACCCCAUCAGAAUUUCUCUUUUUCGAUUAUGCUCUUUCUGUCCUAUAUCUUCAAGUUCUCCCUUAACCUAACAUUCUCCUCUAGUUACCAGGCUAUUUCUCUGCUCCUCUUCUUAGGUAAACCAUCAAUAAAACAAAAAGG